AUGAUGUACCAGUGACACUAACAAGAUAAAAAAAAUUAUCCAUGUCUGUCGAAUUUUUAUUCAAAGCUAUUUUUAUUUGUACUUCCGUUUUUAACGGCGUAAAAGGAGGGGAAGAGCUCGCUACCAACUCCACCAAUGGCACAACAACGUUGGAACCGCGGAACUUCGAGUCCAGCACCUCCACCAUUUUCAAAGAUACGUCGAUGAAAGACGACAACUCUAGUCGACUGGAGAACGCGACAGACCCAUUCAACCUAACCCAAGUACCCCUGUUCCUCAACCUGAUAAUAAACCUGAACUUCAUGCCCGAAACCGCCAAGAAGAAGAAAAAAUACAGGAAGUCACGAGGUAGAUCCCACAGGAAGACGACCACAACGGAAGAAAAUCCUGAGAAAGUAACGACCGCUUCAGAGGACUUGGGGAGUGUCUUCCAGAAGAUCAAGUUGAAGAUGGAACUGCAGAGGAAGAAGAGGAACAUCGUCGAGUAUCAAAACAACGCCGAAGACAAAUCGGGGCUUCAAAACGGUACCAAACUGAAGAACAACAGGAUACAGGACAUAAUGAACGAUAAAUUCCCCAAGAUGAGCCUGCUGAACGACGAUAAGGAACUGGACGUCACGAAAUGGUUGAAGAAUUGGAAAGAUAUUUUAGCAGUAAACCCGAUCAUAGGCACAGAGAAACCCACGAAACCCGAGGUGGAGUACAUAGACGAAUGGAAGUACUCCUACAGGGUGACCCUGUACAAUUCGGACUCCUACAACAUCUCCAACUUUUUAUGCUCCGGCAUUUUGGUAUCACCCCAAUGGGUUCUCACUUCGGUCUCUUGUAAUUUAGGGGAAGACGUCACUCUUCUCAUCGGGGUCCACACGUUGCCGAAGAACAUAUCGGACCACAAUAGAUACGGGGUGUUGAAGAAGGUCUAUUCCCUGAACGAGAACCUGGAGCUGAUGCAGAUGGAUAGGCCGGUGCAGUGGAAUUUCAAAGUGCCCGAUAUAAGGGCAGUAAAGAUGGAGGAAAUGGAGAGCCUACUGAGAAGGGGGAAGUGCAAUUUACUGUCUUGGAUACCGGUGGACUUCGGUAAAGGGAUUUUCGAGCUACGGCAAUAUCCUCAACUGACGUUGUUGACAGAGUUUCGAACGAACGCCAACAAGAACGCAGUCAGGGUGUUCCCCCUCCAGCCUUACCGUACCUCCAGACAGGACGUGGGCUCGCCGGUGCUCUGCGACGACGUCGUCACCGGCAUCCUGCUGGACGUGGACGAGGACGACUCCAUGACCGUCGAGCUGCUAUGUCCCGUCCUCGAGUGGAUCACCUUCUUCACCAGGGAGGGCUCGUACUUCGAGGUGACAGCCAGGAAGUUGACCUUGAGAAGCUCCGCCCCCGAAGACUUGGCUCCCGGUUUCUUCCUAUCGUUGACGUUCUGUCAUAUUUUCUUGCGAGGUCGGUGAGGAGAUGAGGACGCGUAUAGCUUGUAUGGAUGAAUAUAUUUUUUUAGGAGAG